UUUCUUUUCUUGUUUGCUUUUUUCCUUGAAGACAACAACAGUUUAUCCAAUCUCACUGAUACAUCAUCCACACAAUCUACAGCAACAUCUACAGUAGGUAUGCCCACCAGUACUACUCAUCUGACCAGUACUACUCAGCCCACCAGCACCUUGACAACUUCUGUCACCUUGACGACUCAGCCCUCCAAAACCAGCCAAACAGCAGGAUCCACCACAGCUUCAUCAGUCACAUCAUCACAACUCAAUAUUACAAUGGUGACCACUUCCAAGAUUUCUUUCACUUCUGUAACAGCUGCAUCAAAAUCCGAGGUUGUCGUAGCCAAAACCUCCAGAUUUGAUGUGGGCAGUUUUGUAGGUGGCAUUGUGCUGACACUUGGAGCCCUAGUUAUUCUCUACAUCGGAUGCAAAACCUAUCACUCUAGAAGAGGCAUUCAGUACAGAACCAUUGAUGAGCAUGAUGCCAUCAUUUAA